GGGUUGUGUCUUUUCCCUAUUUCAUUUCAGAGCAGUGAUAGCCUUUACUGAAACUCAGACAAGCAAGCAGGAAGGGGAUGGAGCUCACCACCAUCCCCUAUCUUGCAUCCUCUUCCUCCUCCAGCUUCUUCUACUCCAGCUACAGUCGCUGUGCCUACAGGUGUAGAAGACCUGGGAAGACAGUGAUAACAGCUUCUGCAGCUGGUAGUAGGUGGGCUGCUGAUUCGGCAUGUUCAGAACUCUUUGAGCAGGAAAAUGAAGAUUCCCAUUCGGGUCCUAGACCUUCCUGGUGUUUUAGGAGGAGAGACCUUGCUUCUGCCAUUUUGCUCCCUUUUCUGCUUCCUCAUGUUAACAUCUCUAGUGCGGCUGAGCCAUAUGAUGGAUCAAUCAUUCGAAGUGGUUUGAGGAAUGUUUUAACCAAGGCCAAGGCUGCUGGCGUGCUUCGUUUGGUUUUCCAUGAUGCAGGGACUUUCGACAUUGGUGACAAAUCAGGUGGCAUGAAUGGAUCUAUAAUUUAUGAAGUUGACAGACCUGAAAAUUCUGGGCUAAAUAGAUCCAUAAAGAUAUUAGGAAAAGCAAAAGAAGUAAUUGACAAUGUUCAGAAAGUGUCAUGGGCGGACUUGAUUGCUGUGGCUGGUGCGGAGGCAGUUGCGCUCUGUGGUGGGCCUGAAAUUCCAGUGAGGCUAGGACGAUUAGAUUCCAGUACUGCUGAUCCAGUUGGUAAACUUCCCGAAGAAACAUUGGAUGCAACUGCCUUAAAAACAUUAUUCAGCAAAAAGGGUUUUUCAACACAGGAGAUGGUCGUUUUAUCUGGAGCACACACAAUUGGAGGGAAAGGAUUCGGGAGUCCAACUGUUUUUGAUAACGCCUAUUUCAAAGUACUCCUUGAGAAGCCGCAAACAUCUUCGACUGGCAUGCCAGCAAUGAUAGGGCUGCGCACAGAUUGGGCACUCACAGAAGAUGACGAGUGCUUAAGAUGGAUCAAUAUCUAUGCAAAGGACCAAGCUAGAUUUUUCGACGACUUCAGGGAUACAUACAUCAAGCUUGUAAACAGCGGAUCCUCGUGGAGAACGACUUAAUUAGAAUUUCUAUGCAUGUACAAUAUUCAUGAAAAAUUUCCCUUACAGUGGAGGCUCGUUUGGGACAUACGAGUUUCACGAAAAUUUUACGAAACGCAAAGCAUUUUUUUUGCGAAAGGGUAGUUGGAAAAGAUAUCCCUUUAUAUUCA